AUGCAUGGCUAUUUAGAUGACUUGAUCAAUUCAUUCAAAGACAAGGUUGACAACAAUAUAAUCAGUGAGUUUAUAAACUAUUCAAAUUCAAUGAAUGAUAUCUAUAGGAUGCAAUAGACGCAUUUGCAUCUUUGUUAGUAACGAUUGCAGCAAGCAGAUUCAUUGGUUGAUUAACUUAAAAUCCUUAAAGAAGCAGAUCUCUUCAAUCUUAAAAAAAUAGUCUAAUCUUUAUAAGAAUCAUUGUAAUAAGCUUAAGUUACAGAAUUAGAUUCAAAUAAGUUAUAUAGAGAUCUAUAGAACAUGAAAUUAAAGUAUGCUAAACUGCAAAACUAAUUUGAGAUAGUACAAAAGUAGAACGAGUAUUCUGAAAAAAAUAUGCAAUCUAUUAAGCAGCAUUUAUAACAUACAAAUGAGGAAACACAAGUGUAUAAGAAAACAUUGAGAAAAGAGGCUAGUUAAAAUUAAUUCAAUCAAAGAAGAGUGUUUACUUUGGAAUAAAGAUUGGAGGUCUUGAGUGGGAGUGAUUACAAAAAAGUAUUGUUCUAGUGAUUAUUUUAGGAUAAAGACUCAUUAAGAAAUAUUAUUGAGGACAUGUUGAAGGAGAAUGAAGCAAAUAAACGAAAGGCUUUCUAAAAGUCUCAAGAGGUUUCAAAGUUGGAACAAGCAGUCUAAGAUUUAAAGGAAAAGAAUCAAAAACUGUAGAAGAGGAAUAUGUUGUUGGAGAAACAAUUGAAAUUGUUAGGGUAUUCGGCUUAUGACUUAAAUGGAAACACUGUGGGUUAAAAGACUAUUGUGGAACCUAAUGAUCCAGACGAUGAGAUUUUAGAUAUCUUUUAGCAAGUGAAUUUGCCUAAUAAAUUAGAUUUUAAACUAAAUAAUUUGAAAUUAAGGCAAAGGAAUUUAGUGCAAGAUUUAUUAGAUUGUGGUAUCAAAUAGGCUAUUGAUUAAUUAUUUUAAAUGGAUCAACAACAUCAAGUGGAUUNUUAUAUAAUAUAGAUUGGUUCUGAUUAAUGCGGUUGA